AUGGCAACGUACAAUCCGUUUGCUCGCCGUGAGCAGCACCCUGUUAGUGCCCUGAACACCUACCGAGUUCUGGUGCCUCUCACCUGGGCUCUGGUCGUUAUUGUCGGCACCUACUAUUCCCUUCAUUCUCCCGAUGAUACCAAGGGCGGCAAAAAGCUCUGGAAAAAUGCCGACAAGCACAAUACCCCAUUCAGUCAGAACACGAUUGUCACUGGUAUCUACUGGAUUCUUCUACUUCUCUCCCAGAUAAGCUAUGUCUACCACCUGUUCUCGAAAGAGGCGACUCUCGUGGUUGCGGCCGCCAAUGUCGCUACUCACUUUAUCCUGAACAACCUGUUCGUCUUUGCUUGGAUUCUCCUGUGGACUCGCAACCACUUCUGGGGCGCUGAGGUUAUUCUUGCGGCCCACUUUAUCAACCAAACUAUCACCUACUGGCGCCACCGGGGGCUUCCCGCCUUUGUUCACCUCCCUGCUGUUGCAGGGCCCUAUGCCUGGACUCUCACGGCCCUCUUCUGGAAUGGUGCGGUCGCUGUGCACAGUCAUAAUCUACCCGGCCGAAUUGUUGCAAAUAUUUUCAUUUGGGUGAUUAUGCUCGUUGGUCUCUUCCACAUUAUCAUUCACGAGGACUACAUCCUCGGAUAUUGUCUCAGCUUCCUCACACUGUCAUUGGCACUCCGCCAACUUGCAGUCAAGAUCAUCGCUCUGCAGUGGAUCUUUGCAUUUGUCAUCUUCGGUGUGCUUCUGGUCGCCUCUCUCUACACCUCCACUACGAAAUACUAUGGUCGUGACACUCUGUUCCGAAGCGUGGCUCACCCCGAGUCGGCGGACCGUGAGCGCCAGCCUCUGCUUAAUGAGCAAGCUUAG